AUGGGGCCAGGGGCAAUGUCUCGUGCCUGGCCGGCCAGCGGGUCGGUGCUGCUGCGACGGGUGCCCAGGUGGUUGUCGCCAGCUGCUUUGUUCAUCAUUUCGUUCGGUCUUCACCACGAAACGCUUUUGGGCGGGUUUGUGUGGGACGAUCGACCUGCGGUGGUGGGAAACCAGGAUGUGUGGGCCGGAUCAUCAUGGGGAGACAUUUGGCGCCACGACUUCUGGGGUCAGCAGAUAGCCCAUGCUGAGAGCCAUAAAAGUUUUCGGCCGCUUACCACCGUCACGUUCAAGGGAAGAAUUGCCGGCGGUAGCGGCAUCGCUCUUGUUCACCGUUCAUCCGGUGCACGUCGAGGAGCUCCCUCGAUGCAUAAUAGAGCUGCUAUCGUCAUGAAGGAGAAAGACAGCGGGCCUGGAGUGACGAGGUAUUGUGCGGCGCUUCUUUUCGCCGCCAGUGCAACGCUGUGCAAGGAGGUAGGCAUCACGGUGUUCGGGCUCAUGGCCGGAGGGGAGGUUGUGCGCUUCUUCGAAGAGCGCGAGUGGCGGCAGCGAAAGCGGAAGCUGUGGCAACGUCGGCGAUCGGGGGUCAUAUCAACAGCGAGAAGUCGUGGGAUUUGGCGGAGACAAGCCUUACGGGAAUACUGGCGCUGCCGGUUCAUGAUGCGGGUACCGGCGGCUGCGGCGGCGAGAGUCGUAUCAGCGACAAUCUUUGCCGUGUUGCUGGUGUAUCUACACGUACGAUUGCACGAGGGGGCGCGAGUUCGAGAGUGGGGGGUUCUAGAGAACGACAUUUCAAUAUUGCCAAGUCGCACGGAGAGAGCGCUGUCGUACGCUUUCACGCACGCCGUUUACGCCUCAAAGCUCCUGUGGCCGACCCACCUGUGCUACGACUGGGGUUUCAGUGGUUGCGGAGCGGGUACGUACGUGGGAAAGGACCCGGUGGGAACGGGAGAGGGGGGAAACCCAUUCGGUGCUUAUCUUGGUCUUGAGGCCGCCAACCACGCCUUACUCAUACAGUCAUUUUCAUCGGUUUAG